AUGGAACAAAUUCAGAAUCAAGAAGAUCGCCUGAAUCCUCUCAUCACUUGUUAUCGCGAAGGCAAAGGUGGUCAUUGCUCGAUGGGUCAAGCGAGCAAUUCGGAGACCCUCAAGGAAUCUCAACAGCUUGAAGACAAGUGGAAUCAGCUCAAUAUCAACGAUACCAAGGAGAACAACAAUUUGGCAACGGCAUCAACUAUCAGCAAUCACCGAGACGCUAGCAGAAAAGGUGAAGAAGUGUGCGGUGAAGAGGAAACGGACCCUUGGAGAUUUGUUUUCUUCCAAGAGGUCGAACUUUCAAUCCCCUUAGAAGUGUUAUGCUCAGAAGCCUCAGUCUUUGGCCUCGAGCGAGCGAUCCGUCGCAUGCAGGACAUCCACCUUGUAGAGAGUUUUGCUUUCGGCAACAGAGGGACAGAGAACAUGGACAUAACACUGAAGCUGAAAGUGGACCUGGAGCUGUUGCGAGCUCAUAUGCAUGACUGCCAGCUCUGCGUUCCCCAGGAGGAGCUUACAUGGGAUGUCUGGUGGCGAGCAGCUUUCUGUCUCGAGGAGUACCUCAAGGGUAACGACAGCACGGUGAGCUGGACGGGGAGGCGCAACUUCAUCUUCUUCGUAUUCAAUGGUGUGCAGGACGAUAAGGGAUCUGAUCUUUCUUUCUUGAUGGAGGACGAAUAG